CACACCGGCCGGGGACACCGGGCGGACCGGGAGCGGCACAACCAGCCGGGGCACCGGGAGCACCUGCAGCGCCAGGAGCAACGGGGUCCCCCGAAACACCGGGAGCAGCGGCGGUGCCGGCGGUGCCGGGAGUCCGAGCCAUGAUCUGCGGCAGGAAGGCGCGUCCCGCCGCCGAGCAGCUCCGCGCCCCGUCCGAAGGCGCCGGUGGCUCCCGCCGGCCCGGGAGAGCCCUGAAGAAAAUGGGCCUGACGGAGGAUGAGGAUGUCCAGCGGAUGCUCCAGGGGUCCCUGCUCUGGAAGGUGAAGGCCCGGGGGGGCUCCAGGGCGCGGCUGUUCCGCCUGCAGGAGGACGGGGUCACCGUCUGCUUCGAGGGACGCUUCCGGCGCGCCCGCUCCCCCCAGAGCUUCUCGGUGGCGCUCAUCGAGGCGGUGCGCGAGGGUCGCCGGUCCGAGGGGCUGCGCAAGCACGGGGCCGCCUUCCCGGAGCGCCACUGCUUCAGCCUCGCCUUCAAGGGCCGCCGCAAGAACCUCGAUCUGGCCGCCCGCGGCGAGGAGGACGCCCGGCACUGGGUGCAGGGGCUCACCAAGCUGAUGGGGCGGCUGCAGGCCAUGAGCCAGAUGGAGAAGCUCGACCAUUGGAUCCACGGGGUCCUGCAGCGAGCAGACAGGAACAAGGACAACAAGAUGUCCUUCCGGGAGGUGAAGAACAUGCUGAGGAUGCUCAACAUCGACAUGGACGAUGUCUACGCCUCCAAGCUCUUCAAGGAGUGCGACCACUCGGGUAACGAGCGGCUGGAGGGCCGGGAGCUGGAGGAGUUCUGCCGGCGGCUGCUGCGGCGCCCGGAGCUGGAGGAGCUCUUUGGGCGCUACUCGGGCGAGGACCGGGUGCUGUCGGCCGAGGAGCUGCAGGACUUCCUGAGGGACCAGGGCGAGGAGUGCAGCCUGCGCCAGGCCCGCGCCAUCAUCCGCACCCACGAGCUCAACGACAAGGCCAAGCAGCAGGACUUGAUGAUGCUGGAUGGCUUCAUGAUGUACCUGCUGUCAGCUGCUGGUGACAUCCUCAACCAGGAGCACACCAAGGUGCACCAGGACAUGAGCCAGCCCCUGAGCCACUACUUCAUCUCCUCCUCCCACAACACCUACCUGACCCGCAACCAGGUCGGCGGCAGCAGCAGCACCGAGGCCUACGUCAGGGCGCUGAGGGCAGGGUGCCGCUGUGUGGAGCUGGACUGCUGGGAGGGCUCGGACGGGGAACCUGUCGUCUACCACGGCCACACACUCACCUCCAAAAUCCUCUUCCGUGACGUCAUCGAGAGCAUCCGAGACUCCGCCUUCGAGAAAUCCCCCUACCCCGUCAUCCUGUCCCUGGAGAACCACUGCGGGCUGGAGCAGCAGGCCACCAUGGCCCGGCACAUGAAGGCCAUCCUGGGGGACAGGCUGCUGACACAGCCCCUGCAGGGGCAGGACCCCCAGAAUCUCCCCUCACCAGAGCAGCUGAAGGAAAAGAUCCUGGUGAAGGGCAAGAAGCUGCCAGAGCUGUGGCAGGAGCCCCAGGGUGUCACCUCCCUUCUGGACCCCGAGGAGGAGGAGGAGGAAGAGGAGGAAGAAGAGGAGGAGAAGGUGCAGGAGAGAAGCCCCCGGCGGUCGCUGCAGUCACUGCAGGAGAUCAAACCUCUGCAGUGGCUCCCGCAGGCCAAGGACGCAUCGCAGGUGUCCCCGGAGCUGUCGGCACUGGUGGUGUACUGCCAGGCUGUCCCCUUCCCCGGGCUGGCCCAGGCCCUGCGUCACCCCCGGCCCUGCCAGGUGUCCUCCUUCAGCGAGAGGAAGGCACGGAAGCUCAUCAAGGAGGCAGGCCCAGCACUGGUGCGGUACAACGCCCGCCAGCUCAGCCGCGUGUACCCGCUGGGGCUCAAGAUGAACUCUGCCAACUACAACCCCCAGGAGAUGUGGAACGCUGGCUGCCAGCUGGUGGCCCUGAACUUCCAGACUCCGGGCUAUGAGAUGGACCUGAACGCCGGGCGCUUCCUGCCCAACGGCCGCUGCGGCUACGUGCUGAAACCCCCCUGCCUGCACAGCCCCCCCGGGGAGGGCUCCCGGCGCCUGGCCCUGCACAUCAGGGUGAUCACAGCACAGCAGCUGCCCAAGCUGAACAGGGACAAGGGCAGCUCCAUUGUGGAUCCCUUCGUGCGCGUGGAGAUCCAUGGGGUCCCAGCCGACUGUGCCAAGCAACAAACCCACCACAAGCUCAACAACGGUGCGGGUGCCCGAGCUGGCCCUGGUGCGGUUCGUGGUGGAGGACUACGACAGCACCUCCUGCAACGACUUCGUGGGGCAGUUCACGCUGCCCCUGCCCAGCAUGCGCCAAGGGUACCGCCACAUCCACCUGCUCUCCAAGGACGGCGCGUCCCUGUCCCCCGCCACGCUCUUCGUGCACGUUCGAGUCAAGAGCCUGUGAGGCUCCACAGGAGGGACAACCUGGUGUCCCCGAGGUGCCCACGGGGGGACAUUGUGUCUCUGUGUGGGGGACAACAGGCUCCUCCCUGGGUGGGCCCCUUGAGGGGGGACAGCCCGAGGACACUGCUCACCUGUCUGUGGUGACAGCAGGGCUGGGAGGACCCAAAGGGGUGUGGGCUCCCCUACCCACUGCCACCCAGUCUGCUGGUGUCCCACUCCUGUCCUUGAGGGGACAGAGAUGCUGUGACAACCAGGAUGGGUUGAUUGGGCCAACAACAGCCCAGCACAGCCCCACAGGGUGACAUGGGUGACAACAACCAGCAAAUCUCACCAGUCUUGGCCACGCUUAAUCCCAGCCCCGCUCUUGGGGUGCAAGGAUGGUGCCAUCAUCACCCUGGAGUCCCUGAGGGGACCCUGCCACCACACACUCCAUUGUGCCUGGGUGGGGACACAUUGCCAGCCUCUGCUCUGGCACCAGUGACAGUCACAGAUUUACACCCAGGGAUCAAGCCAGUCGAAUAAAGGUUUUAUUUUAACAGAA